AUGGCUAUGUUGAAUGAGCCCCAGGAACCUUAUGCUCCCGGAUACGCUGCUUCAUGUCCCCCGAAGCUCUACGCACCACAAUCCUACACUCCAGGAUUGUAUGCACCGCAAUCCUACAGCUCAGAACAACAAAACUACCCUCCUAAACAAUAUGCAUCAGAUUCAUACACACCCAAGUCUUCAGGAUCUGAGCAUCAUCUCAUCUCAGAUGCUUGCUGCUAUGACUGUCCAUCUCCACCACCUUAUACCUGUGAAGAAGUGCCUUGUGACCAAGUAGGACCAGUCUGCAUGGACUCUUCCCCACCUGUUGUGGUUGCGGGGAUCUUCUCGAGUAAACCCGCCUCCACCAUCUGCCCCUGCUGCCGACAGAUCAUCACCACCGAGGUGGUCUUCCGCGUGGGAUCCCUAACCUACGCACUCUGCACCGGCAUGUGUAUGGUGGGCUGCUGCCUGGGCUGCUGUCUGAUCCCCUUCAUGAGCAAAUGCUGUAAGGACGUUGACCAUUAUUGCCCUUGCUGCCGGUACCACAUCUACCGAUACAAAAGGAUCUAG